AUGUCAACUAUUCGAAAAGAAUUGGUUUGGGCUGCAAUUCAAAAAGCAUAUGUAUUAACUGAUUAUAAUAUACAUGACGAUAUAGAUAAACGACAUAAAUUUAGAAAACGAGCUAUUCUUGCUGAUAAAUCCCUUACAAAGAAUGAAAAAUUAGAAGGAAUAAAAAAAUUAAAUAAAGAUUAUGAUAGUAGUAAAAUCCGUUAUAAUGAAGGAAAAAGAAGAUUUUGUGAACAGAUUGGAUUGGUGGAAAGAUAUAAACGAUGGAAUUCUGAGAAACAGCAACUAAAAAUAUCCAAAACUACUAGGAAAGUAAUACUUAAAAAGUUAGAAAAUGUUGAAGGUGCUGUUGGUUUGAUGAGGAGUGUAUAUGGAAAUCUUCCUUAUAUUGCACGAGAAGUUAUUGCUGGAAAAGAAUACACUUUUGCAACUGAUAUAUACAGUAUUGCAAUGAUAAUGUGGGAAAUUUCAUCUGGACGACCACCUUUUACUAAUUGUGAACAUAAUUAUAGUCUUGCAAUGGAUAUUGUUAACGGUAUGAGACCAAAGAUUAUAUCAGGAACUCCCUUAAAAUAUAAAAGAUUAAUGGAGCAAUGUUGGGAUGCUGAUCCGGCAAAAAGACCCAGUAUUAGAACUAUUGGAAAUAUGAUAAAAGAAAUUAACAGAUUAUGUUAUCGUAAUGUGCCAAAUGAUGAUAGUAAUAAUAUCAUUAAAAAACUCUUAAAAAUAUUUAGAGUAUUUAAAAAAACUAAAAAAAAUAAUAAUUUGAAUAAAUCAAAUGAUGAAAUUUACAAUAAUCAAGAAUUCGAAAUUCCUGAUAAUUGA